CAUUUCCCAACCCUACUGGCAAUGCGGAAUCAAGAAAGAAGCAAACCUAAGGGCGUUGGCUAAACUCCGUCAAGGUUUCAGAUCCACCGACGGGGAAGGGAAAUCCUCGGGCACAUAAUUGAUGCAGGAAGUUCAGCUCCGUAAUCGCGACGCUGUACAAUACAUGGUCGGCGAGGAGAAUGGAAUUCGCGGUGGGGGUCGUCGUGGAAGCUCUGCAGCAGGGGAAGGCCCUGACCGAUGGAGGAUUGAGCAGGGAUCAAGUAAGGGACGUAGCUCGUAUGGUGGUUACUCCAACGGCAGUGAACAGAGACGGCGACGAUUGGACGGGGCGGGAUGGGGGCUCGAAGGUGGAGAGGGCGAAGAGGAGGAAGGAGAAGAUCUAGAUACCUGAUUCUGCACCCGACUGAAUCAACCUAGUUAAAUUUUGAUAAUUUUGAUAUUGAGGUUGGAAAAUAAAAAUAGCUAAAAUUU